AUGCCCAUAUCUGAAGCUCAACUGUUCAAUGAACCCAUAUCACCACCCUCAUCCCCACCUUACUAUACCAUCUCCUUUGAUUCUAACCCAUCUGACCCUCAAUCCCCUACUCUCUCCCAGCUUCAGGCUCACGCCCUCUUCGCCCAAAACCCACAUGAACCAAAAACCAAUAUUCCUUCACCAUUUGAACAACCACCAACACCACCAUCUGAACCACACAUAGAAAUCCCCAUUGGAAACCUCAUUACUCAUCAAUCUAAACCUCCAACCGAAACCAUCCCAACACCAUCAUCACAUAUAUCUCCCACCUCUGAACCUGAACCCACCUUUCCCACCCUGGAUGAGACAGUAGCCUUAUUUGCUGAGUCUUCAGUAGAUAAGAUCAGAUCACUAUCUGAAAACUCUAGAAUCAGUGAUGACCCCUCUGUAGUGAGGAUUCACUGGAAUAGAGUGAUCAUAUGGAUGACAUUUGAGGCUUUCAAGCUGAAAGGCCUCUCUGAACAAGUCCGAAACGACUUCAUUAGAGAAGCUGGAGAGAGGUUGCAGGACCGUCUAGCCAGAGAGGCAGAAGAGAGAGAGAGCAGAGAAGCUGAAGAAAAAGCUCGUCUAAAAGAAGAAGAAAGAGAAAGAGAAGCUGCAGAAAAGGCCUCUGUCGAGGCUGCUGCUGCUGCUGAAGCUGAAGCCAAAGCCAAGGCUGAUGUUGAAAAAGCAUCACACAUAGCUACGAAAGAAGCUGCCAAGGCUAGGGAUGAUGCUCUGACUCAGGGGGAGCAAUCUCACUCAGAUUUAGAUCCUCUAGUGUUGAAUACUCUAGAAGAGCUACAGAAAGAGCAGCAGAUUGUGCGAGCAAGAUUGGAUCAACAGGACUCCGUCAACUCCAACAUUCAGAACAUACUGACUCAGUUGCUUCAAAGGAUGCCGCCUCCUCCGAACCCUUAG